CACUUGUGAACGUCAAUUGAGAACUUACACUGUUGCAGUUCUGCUUCAGCAACAGUAACACAGUUACAGCAGGGUUUGUGGGAUCUGCUCAGUUACCCUGAGAGUCAUCAUCCCUCUGGGCCACAUCGUCUAAAUUCAGAAUGGAAGCUCGUCAUGAGAAGAAAAAUAAAUGUGGGACAAUUUGUCUGAAAUACCUACUUUUUCUCUUCAACAUUUGUUUCUGGCUGGGUGGAGGGGCCGUGUUGGCAGUGGGAGUGUGGACUCUGGUGGAUAAGAGCGACUACAUCAGUCUAUUGAACUCCAGCUUCUACUCAGCCUCUGCUUACAUCCUGAUAGCUGCUGGAGCCAUUGUGAUUGUGACUGGGAUAAUCGGAUGCUGCGCCACCCUGAGGGAGAUGAGGAGCCUCCUGAUUGUGUAUUUGGUGUUACUGCUGUGUAUUUUUCUGCUGGAAAUCAUCGCUGGAGUCCUUGCUUAUAUUAACUACCAGGAGCUGGAUAAUGAGCUCAGACAGAACCUAAAGUUAACCAUGCAGCAGAAAUACCAGCAGCCAGGCCAGGAGAGCAUCACGCAGUCUGUUGACAAGCUACAACAAGAGUUCAAGUGUUGUGGAAGUCAGAACUUCUCUGACUGGACAGACAACAAAUGGAUCCAGGAGUCAGAAAAUCUGCGGCUUGUUCCUGACAGCUGCUGUAAAACUCCCAGUAAACUCUGCGGCCGCAGGGACCAUCCAUCUAACAUCUACAAGGUGGAGGGAGGAUGCAUUGAGAAACUAGAGAAUUUCGUCCAAAGCCAGCUAUAUAUUCUCGGGGCAGUGGGUAUUGGCAUUGCAUUUCUACAGCUUGUAGGGAUGAUGUUCACCUACUGCCUCUGUCGAAACCUGAAGGAAGAUCUGUACUGAUAUUGGAACCCCUUUAAUAUCACAUUCUUGACUGUAUAACCUUUGUUUAAAUGAUGUAAAACCCAACAUUUCCCACAAUGUUGCUGUACAGUUGGGAGUUGAAAUUAUAACAAAAGUGUUUUUAAAUUACAAAUACUGCAGAUGUUA